AUGGCGGCGCGAAUCACACGGCAAUUCUUGAUAUCGAGCCGGUCCUACAGUUCGGGAGGUGACAAAAAUGUCGCUUUCCUGGGACUUGGUAAUAUGGGGGGGUUUAUGGCAGCUAAUCUAGUUAAAAAGGGAUUCAACGUCCGUGGGUACGAUCCAUCUAAAGAAGCAUUAGCAGCAGCUGCUAAAGACGGUAUAUCUGGUGCAAAUUCUAUCGCUGCAGCUGUUGAAGGUGUGGACGUGGUAGUCUCAAUCUUGCCUAGCAACAAAAUUGUGCUUGAAGCAUACCUAGGAAAAGAUGGCGUUGUUGACCGCGCGCUUAAAGGGUCACUUCUCAUAGAUUCCAGCACGGUAGAUCCAAAUGUGCCUAAAGAAAUCUACCCCGUUGCUUUAGAGAAAGGCAAAGGUUUUAUAGAUGCGCCUGUUUCUGGUGGUGUUAUGGGGGCUCAAAAUGCCACCCUCGCGUUUAUGUCUGGAGGUCGGAAGCAAGAUUUCGACAGGGCUCUACCUUUGCUUGAAGCGAUGGGCGCGAAGCAGUUCCAUUGUGGUGAUAUUGGAUCUGGGCAGGUGGCCAAGCUAGCUAAUAAUAUGCUCAUGGGCAUAACGGGAAUGGCGACAGCCGAAUGUAUGAAUAUGGGUAUUAAAAUGGGUCUGGAGCCACAAGUUUUACUGGACGUGCUCAACAACUCAUCAGCGCGUUCUUGGUCUACUGAGGUGUACUGCCCAGUGCCCGGUUUAGUACCCACAGCACCUUCUAGUAGAAAUUACGACAAUGGUUUUAAGAACCAACUCAUGGUUAAGGACUUGGAACUCGCUAGCCAGAUGGCGCUAGGAAUUCGUUCACCCAUACCACUUGGGGCUGUCGCGACACAACUAUACCGCGUUGUACAGAGUCGUGGAUAUGGCGAGAAAGACUUCUCAUUCAUCUACCAGCUUCUAAAGGAAGAGAUUGCCAAGAAAUAG